AUGAUACCACUAAAAUUUAUUAAAAUCCAAAAAGGCAAAAAUAUGUUGGUGUAUAACGGUUUUCUGUACAGCAAGCAUGAAGUGUACGAAAAUAAAAUUGUAUGGCGUUGCUCUGAUUAUAAAAAAUUUGCAUGCAAAAGCCGAUGUCACACUACUUCAGAAGAUGAAUCAGGCGAGAUUCUAAAACACACUGACCAUUCACAUGCUCAAAAUGUAGCAAAAUCUGAGGCUAUAUAUAAACAUGUUUUUAAAAAACGUUCGAUUAUAAUAUUAUUUAUUAAAUGUAUUAACUAA